CGGGAGGGGGGCAAGCAAAAGGGAGGAGGGUGGAGAACUGGAAAGGGAGGGCAGGGGACCUUAAUCUUGAAGCCAUGUUCACCAGAAAGUACGGGUCUUCAGACUUCCACGUGUGGGGAGCGUGCUCCAUGUGCCAAGGAAUGAUCUGCAGCAAAAUCUUAGAAGAUUAGAUAGCUAUAAUUAAGAAGUGGUGUAGGAAUGCAUUAUAAGUCAGAGAGCUCAUCUCACGGAUCUUGCCUUCCCUUCUAUAAUUUAGCAACCGACUCUUCUUCACAUGCCAGGUCUAACGUCAAACUGUUCUUCCGCUCUGGGUUACAAGUCACCUUCGGCAUUGGGGCUGCUGUGGUGUGCUUCAUAACCGUUCCACUAAAACAUUCAAAGAUCAGUUCUAGACAGCAGCACUACGUAGUAAGCAUGACUUCGUGGGUUCGAACAAUCUCCUCCCCGUUCAGGAAAGCUUGUACUUUCUUCUAUCAGCAAUCUCCGAGAGAUGACAAGUCCAAGCAACGUAUAGCUGCAGGACAUGAGAAGCGUGUAAUGGAUCUUCAGGUGGAAGUCAUGGCUUGCGCGUACGAGGAUGUUCGGGUGAUGUGGUCAAUAUUAGACAAGUCCAAGUCGGGAUCCAACCUGCAGUGUUAGUGUAUCUCCUGUUAUUUUUAACUCUCAGACACAAUUCACUAAGUUGCAGUAAACAGAACAAACUUGACAUCGUGUUGGAGGAAAUGGCACGUAAAUCUGUACAGAUGUGGAAACGCAGAAGAACAUAACUGUAGAGAUUCAGAACCCAGGGGCAACGAAACGUCCAGUAAGUGGAAGUAGGAUGAAAAUGAUAAAGCAACAAUAAGUAGUCAGCGAUUGAGGUAGGGAAUUUAUAAGGCGCCCCCUUCAGGUUUCAUGUGAUGCUGGUGGCUAAUUUAAUGUAGUUUCUGUAAUAUUAGUGACACAUUCCGAUCAAGAUUCCUUUUUCAUGACCAAUUUACAUCAAAACACUUUUGUUAAUACAGCAGCAAAAACCAAAGCUACCAUGUUUGUG